ACCACAUAGCUCCAGAGAUCUAGAACUAGGCAGCCAGACUUCUCUUUUUCCCACUCAAGACACAGCCUCUCGUCAUGGGGAGGAUCGGCAAGGAGGUGUCGGGCCAGGUGCUCAGCUUCCUCGGCUUCGUGGGGGUGGCAGUGACCACGGGUAUCCCCAUGUGGAGGGUGACCACUUACAUCGGUGCCAACAUCGUAACAGGGCAGAUCGUGUGGGACGGUCUGUGGAUGAACUGCGUGAUGCAGAGCACGGGACAGAUGCAGUGUAAGAUAAACGACUCAGUGAUGAGGCUAGCAACAGACCUUCAGGCAGCGAGGGCCAUGGUCAUCAUCUCCAUCAUCUUCAGCUUUGUUGGCCUGAUUGUCACCUUCAUCGGGGGCCAGUGCACCAGCUGCCUGAAGUCUGAUUCCUCCAAGAGUAAAGUGACGAUCCUUGGAGGCAUCCUGCUGCUCAUUAGUGGUCUUCUGGUCCUCAUCCCUGUCUGCUGGUCGGCGGCGUUCACCAUCUCAGACUUUAAUAACCCUCUGACCAUCGAGACCCAGAGGAGGGAACUCGGAGCCUCCAUCUACAUCGGCUGGGGCUCCACAGCUCUGCUCCUCAUCGGGGGUAUCACCCUCUGCACCUCCUGCCCACCCCAGAAGAUGUAUGGGUACCCAGGCUAUCCUCAAGGAGCGCCCAUGUACCCCUAUCCAGGCCAACCAAUGGUCCAGGCAGGGCCCUAUGGGAGAGUUUACACCCCAACCAGCAGACCCUACUCAGGGACAGGGUCGUAUGUACCAAACAAGCCGUAUGCAGCACCAAUAGCAUACACUGCACCUGGACGGCCUGGACAGUAUCUGUAACAAAGUGAAAUGGAAAGAGGGAAGGUCUCCCUGAAUAUUGACUGGUAUUCUCGAACUUGAUGUUUUCAAGCUUUUGUUUUGCUUAGCUUUGCACCACCAAAAUGUACUUAUAUCAUGUACUUUUGUCCACAUUGAUAUGUAGAUAUUGUUAUUGAUGAGAAUAACAUGCAAUUUUUAGACAUGAAAAUGAUUCAGUGUGAAUUAAAUUCAUUAUGUUUACAAGUGUUUGCACCUUCACACAAGAGGAAGAAUCUGUUCUUUCAAAUGUUGACAUAAAUGUAAAUCUUUAUGUCUUGACUACUAUACUAGUAUGCAAACAUUACAAGAAAUUGUUUGAUAAUGAGAAUGGAUGUAGCUUAAAUGGGCUCCCGAGUGGCGCAGCGUUCUAAGGCACUGCAUCUCAGUCCUUGAGGCGUCACCACAGACCC